AUGGUUAGAACUAGAGGUUUAGGUCAUGCAUUAGGUAGGGUUAUAGGCAGAGCCUUUGGUAGACAUGAUGAUCAUCAUGCAGAUGAUGUUCCCCAACGGCGUAGGCCUACCGCAUCCGCACGUAGGCAACAGGUAGUUGCCCCUGUUGCUGAGGAUGUUCCUGAGAUGACUGAGGAUGUUCCUGAGAUGAGUACGGACGUACCUGCACCUGGUGCAGAGGGCUUAGCUAGUGAUGGUGUUGAGGGAUCAGCUGAUGAUGAUGCUGAGGGAUUCCCAGGUGGGCCACGUGACCCAUCAAUGCUAACUUCAUUUGCUGAGCAUGUUGCAUAUAGCAUAUGGAGUAGAGAGGAAUUUCCUGAAUUGAAGUUGGUCUCCCACGGAAGGAAGGUUGAGAAAUUUGGGAGGCCAGUGCCUGAGAUUGAAGGGUCAGUCGCUGCCAUAGGAUUAACUACUUUGAUCGCGAGUUCAGUAGUCAUCGGCGAUCCGGGAGUUAUAUAUGCUUUUGUCGAGAGGUGGCACAAGGAGACUAGCAGCUUCCAUCUUCCAGUAGGAGAGCAAACCAUCACACUGGAUGAUGUGGCAUCACUCCUCAAUCUGCCGAUCACAAGCGCCUUCCACAGCUUUGAGCCUCUACUUGUGGACGAGGCGGUCAUCAUGUUGGUGGAGUUGCUUGAGGUGUCGGGUGAGGAGGCUAGAACUAAGAAUGUAUGGUGUCAUGGGGCAUAUGUACGUCUGUCGUGGCUACAGGAUAUCCAUCAAACGAGAUGCGAGACCCAACAGUGGAUUUUUGUAGCUCGUGCUUAUCUGCUACAUUUGUGUUGGAUAUAUGAGCACUUUCCCAGUGUGCAUAAUUGCGUCACUGAUGAUGGCUUCGAUGAGAUGUCCCCACGUGCCUGCCGAUGGCUUACUACGAAGGCUUAUAUGAAGGGACUAAUAGCAUCGCCGUAUCGGACACGUAUAGAUGCUUUGUCGAUCACUGACAUGUGCUUGAUGCCUUAUGGUGACCACCGAGGAGUUAGGACCAUCCCUCCACUGCCUAUUAGUGCCACCUUGUCAUAUGAUGAUAUCGACGACAGAUGGAUGCACUACUCAGACCAUCUAGCAGUUUCGGGUCAGAUUUGUCUUGUGCCUGAGCAGGUUUCAGGAGAUUACAUGGAGUGGUUCUUCCGGAUAUCUCAUCCGUUCAUGACACCCACACAAGUAGGUGAUCAGCCAAGACAUCCACCUAUCCCACAACAUGAGGCAUAUGUGGAGCUAGAUAUCCCGGAGGAUGCUUGUGAAGGGAUCACAGAAAGGUUGGAGUGUGUGCUCAACCUAAGGAUAGUCACUGAAGGCACAGAGUUACAUGAGAUCAUGGAAGACUGCCUCAGGAUCAUUAGGGGUGUCACCUCAGAUGGAAAUGUAGAUAUAAAGGACCCUGAGCAUCCAUAUUCCAUGGAAGAGCUUAAGGUGAUUACCAAGGAAGCAGUUGAAGUUGAUGAUCAGCAUAAUUAUGCGAGGCAUUCAAAGUUAACAGAUGCAGCAUUCAAAGAUGGUUAA